AUGUCAGCCGGAGCCCUCCUAAGGUUCGCAGCAGCUGACCCGCAGCAGAAGGCUUCCGACAAUGAAAAGGAAGCACUACCUCACGGUGGCCGUGAUGGCGGAAUCGAUGUCAGUCAAGUUCUCGAGCAGGACCAGACCGGUCCCGCCAGAGGGCCGCUUGAGAAAGAUGACAAGGAGACUCGCCGCAUCAUGAGGAAGAUCGAUCUCAGACUGCUUCCGGUCCUAGCGGUUAUAUACGCCUUUGCGUUGAUCGAUCGAGUCAAUCUGCCCAAUGCUCGCAUCGCCGGCAUGGACGAGGAUCUUUCGCUAUAUGUCGGCGACCGCUACUCCAUUGUCACGAUGAUGUUUUUCAUUCCGUAUAUUAUUUUUCAGUUCCCAGCCAAUAUCGUCAUCAGAAAGCUAGGUGCCGCCCUUUGGCUGUCAUCGCUGGUCAUCUGCUGGGGAGGAGUCACCAUCGGCAUGGGCUUCACCACUCACUGGACGCAGCUUCUGGGCUGCAGAAUCAUCCUUGGGGUGUUAGAAGCUGGAUACUUCCCCGGUUGUGUCUUUCUGCUCAGUUGCUGGUACGUCCGGUAUGAAGUGCAGAAGCGUUUCUCGGCCUUCUACCUCUUGGCUCUCCUCGCUUCUGGCUUCAGCAAUAUUCUGGCGUAUGGCCUGUCCGAGAUGCGAGGCCUGGGCGGUCUGAAUGGGUGGCAGUGGAUAUUCGCUAUCGAAGGCGCAAUCACCAUCCUCCUCGGCGUCAUGGGCUUUCUCUUCAUCGUCGAUUUCCCGGACAAAGCUACUCGACCGAAUACCAUAACCCGUCGUGCUUUUCUCACCGAGCAUGAAGCCAGCAUCGUUAUCAACCGGAUCCAGAGGGAUCGUGGUGACGCUGUGGUCGACAAACUCACGUGGGAGGUCAUCUUCCGCCAUCUUCGUGAUUGGAAGUUGUGGGAGUUUGCAUGGCUAUACUUCCUAAACAACGUUGUCACUUAUUCUUUCGGCUAUUUCUUGCCCAUUAUCCUCAGAGGGGACAUGGGCUACUCAGUGGCAAUGAGCCAGGUGCUGUCGUUCCCGCCGUACGCCGUGGCCACCAUCUGGAUGUUCUCGACGGCUUGGGUCGCCGACCACUACCGCAAGCGUGGACUCAUCAUCAUCUGGAACUGCGCCACAGCCGUGAUCGGCGUGUGCAUGAUGGCAUUCGUGGACGGCGCGGCAGCAAGAUACGCAGGUGUCUUCCUUGGUGUGGCUGGCGCGAACAGCAACGUGCCGAGUCUCUUGAGCUAUAUGCACAACAACAUCGUCGGACAGAUGAAGAGAAGUAUAGCUAGUGCCUUGCUCAUCGGUGGUGGUGCGUGCGGUGGUAUCGCGGCAGCCAACAUAUUUCGCCAGCAGGAUGCGCCUCAAUAUCUGCCAGCUAUGUCUGUGGUCAUCGCGACGCAGGCACUCACCAUUUUGCAUGUGCUAAAGAACUUUGUCGUGUACGCGAGGAAGAAUCGCAAAGCAGAUGCAGGGGAGAUUGUGCUGGAGGGUCAGCAGGGCUUUAGACAAACUCUGUGA